AUGAGCCAUUUGGGAAGCGCCUUUGUUGCUUCAGGAGCGCUGAACCCACCAGCUGGCAUUCCCAUCAAGGCUUCUUCACGGCCGUCAGCUGGCCAGUCGAGUGGAGCGUUCAGGCCAUCAGAGGCCAUGGCUGGCGCUGCUGUCGCAGCCUCAGCCCUGGCAGCUUUGCGGAAGGUUGCGCUCCGGUCAAGCGGAGUGCAGCGCCAAGCAAUCUCUUCGGGAAGGUCUCUGCGACUGCACCGGCCGAAUGCUCCGCGUGCUUGCGCGCUGACAAGUCGCAAGGCAGCAACAGUGCUGGCUCCUCCGGGCGAGCUGCUGGGAGUGGCGCCAGAUGAGAAGUACAACGUUCCUGUCGGUGUUCGAGAGAAGCUUGGGAAGGACCUGCUGCUCAAUCCAAAGCACCCAUUGGGUAUCUUGUGGAAAACAGUGCAAGACUACUUCGCGGAGCAGGAUGCCGACUGCAAGUUCUUCGACACAGAGAAACCGGUUGUGAACACUGUGGACUGCUUCGACAAGUUGCGAGUUCCGCCGGAGCACCCAUCCAGGUCGCCUUCAGACACAUAUUAUGUGAACAAGGAUUACGUCUUGCGGACGCACACAUCCGCACACCAAUGUCAGUUUCUGAGCCAAUAUCCCGAGAUCAAAUCCUUCCUGUGUGCGGGCGAUGUCUACAGGAGGGAUGAGAUUGACGCAUCGCAUUAUCCAGCAUUCCACCAAUGUGAAGGUGUCAGACUGUUCGAUGCAGAGAAGGUCUCGAGAGAAGAAGUCCUGGAGGAUUUGAAGAAGACCCUCGAAGGCCUGGCAGCCCACUUGUUCCAGCUGAAGACAGGGGAAGACACGAUGCGAUGGCUGGAUGAGUAUUUCCCUUUUACAGAGCCUUCGCUGGAGCUUGAGAUCUUCUACCAGGACGACUGGAUGGAAGUUCUUGGAUGCGGUGUCAUCCACCAUGACGUCUUGCGGAAUGCUGGCCUGGAUCCUGCGAAGGUUCAUGGUUGGGCCUUUGGCCUUGGCCUUGAGCGCCUGGCGAUGGUUCUCUUUGGCAUCCCCGACAUCCGGCUGUUCUGGUCGGAUGAUCCCCGUUUCUCUGAACAGUUCGUCGCAGAGUCCUUUGAGCAGAAGACAAAGUUCAAGCCGUUCUCCAAAUAUCCUCCGGUUCUCAAGGACAUCAGCAUGUGGAUCCCGGAAGACUUUGCUGACAACGACCUGUUCGAGAUGAUUCGCGAUGAGGGCGGUGACCAGGUCGAGAAGGUGGACCUGAUGGAUGAUUUCACGCACCCGAAGACAGGCCGCCGAUCCAAGAUGUUCCGCGUGACCUGGCGCGAUAUGUCACGAACUUUGACAAACGAGGAGGUCAACGCUAAGCACGAGACAGUCUUGGACCGUCUGGUGAAGGAGCUUGAGGUGGAGUUGCGAUAA